GUUCAUUUCAAUAAAUACUUUCAAACCCACCGCACGUGGCUGAGCUUGUUCAUCCCCAGCUCGUCGUUAACGCCAGCCAACACUUUCUGCUCCUUGGGUCCCCUGAAGGUAUCACGCUAUAGGUGGGUAUGGCUGAAAAGUGUAACACAGAAACUGCGGGUGCCAACCCAGAUGAGCAUCAUCACCACCACCAUCACCACCGCACCCUGCACCAGACGUUGACGGGGAAGGGCAGCGACGCCCCAGGCAGACGGGUGCUGGUGGGGGUCGACGAUAGCGACCACUCCAACUACUCUCUGGAGUGGUAUCUGGACCACGUGUGGCACCCGGAUGACUACGUCGUCCUGCUUAACUGUCCAGAGAGCGAGGAACCAACGCGCCACAAUGCGUUCCAGUUUCGAUCGCGAGAUGCUGAUGCACAUGAUGAAGGAGGAGCAGGAUGCACUGCACCAGCUGCUGGAGAAAUACCGCGAGAAACUCCUGGCUAUCGGGGCUCACGGCAAGGUGCGGGCAGUGGCCACGAAGCACGUGGGGCAUGCGUUGGUGCGCGCGCAGGAGGAAGAAGAGGCGCAGCUGAUGGUGAUUGGCAGCAGGGGGCGGGGCACGCUACGUCGGACGUUCAUGGGCAGCGUCAGCGACUACGUGGUGCACCACGCCGCCGUGCCCGUCCUGGUGUGUCGCAGCCGGGGGCCGCCACUCCGCCGCGUCAGCAAGACCACGUGACCACCAUCAGCCACACUGAUGACGGCCUUCACGUAGCAGACACGUGGCUGAUGACCAACAGCGAUGACCACAUUAACGUGGAUUGUAACCAACAUGUUGAUGUCGAGAUUGACUGGUCUGAUAAGCCACGCAUAGCCUGACACCAGCACAGUCGAAACAAACAAAUAAACAAGCAACUCUUUAUUGCCCUCAGUGUCUCACAUGCUUCCCCCCCGUGUACUUGCUGUAGUUACCUUUGACCUCAAUUCCUGUCACUGCUGUCGUAGCUGUGGGUCUUUCUUUUCUGUAACAUCGGUGAUAAAGUCUUCAUUUUGACCGACAGGAGUUUAAUAUCUAGUUUCUAAAUUUAAAAAAAAUAUUUAUAAAUUUUUGAAUCCAGAACUAACGCCACUUGUUUAUUUAGGAUUAAACGCUUGCUUAUUUGUCUGUAAUCUUUAUUGAUAAUAAUAACAUGUUUGUAAUCAGCUUUAGUUGUGUGUGCUCAGGUCGGGUGGUAUGUUUUGUUACAUUCAUCUACCGUGUAGGUGUUGCAAAGGUAAUCUGAGAAUGUGUCAUUGAUAUUUCAAGCUCUUUUUAAAGUCGCGAUAGUUGACCCUGUUGUAGAUUAUGCUUGUUAUUGCUGUUUCUAUUUUAAGCUGUAAACAGCUUCACUUGAUGUCCUAUUCGUGUUACGAAGGACAUUUAUUUAUCCGCUUAUUUAUUCCCGAACAAUGGGUCGUCCAAAAGAAACCUUGAUGCUGACCUAUGAACUUUGACCAGCUGCCAAGAAAGUUUGCACUCACCGCAGACAGCUAAUCAUGACUAACAAUUAGUUUCGUCUAAUGAGUCUUGACCCUGCUUAUGUCUAGAGGCUUCUUGGUAAACAGCUUCAGCUGAUAGCUGUAAACAGAUUGUUGCCUUGCUGGUCAACGGACUGCUUCACUGUAAAGUAAUGGGAGGUAGUCAGCAGUGACUGAAAUAAACGCUAGGUGGCAGCACUGUACUGUCUAAUUAACCAGUCUAAUUAACUACAAUAAAGUGUCUGCAGCGUA